AUGGAUGGUACAUGCCGGGUACAAGUUCAGCUCGUGGAAGAUGUCGAUGGCCAUGAGCGACAAGAUGUUGCGGAAUACCGAAAGGUUUUCUGCUCGACAUCGCUGAGUCUUAGCGAGCGGAUGGCGUCAUUUUCGGGGGAGGCCAUGGACAUAUUGGAGUUUCCCAAUGACGUCUCACAGGAGCAGGUUGUGUGGAUGACUCACGACGAAUCCAUCUUCUACGCCAACGACGACGGGGGAAUGGUUUGGACGAAUACGGCCCACCUGGAUCUCCCCAAAAAGGGACGUGGGCGCUCAAUAAUGGUGUCUGACUUUGUUUGCCCAUGUCAUGACCGCCUCUUUAUGCUGGGAGACUCUGAACCAUUGUUUAUCACAGAGGAUCUGCAUGUUGGCAAGGCCCAGGAGGGCUACUGGACCAGUGAGCAUGUGAUCAAGCAGGUAACGCAAAGGGUUCUUCCUGCGUGUGCGGCUUUGCACCCCGGAUGCGCCGCGUUGUUCACGUUUGACCAAUCAACCAAUCACGCAUCUUACGCUGCCGAUGCUCUCCGAACAUCCAGCAUGAAUCUCAAUCCGGGGGGCAAGCAGCCAAGGCUCCGUGAUGGUUGGUAUGGCUCUUCGCAGAUUGAUCAAGCAAUUACAUUCCCAGAAGACCAUCCUGACCAGUCUUUGCGUGGGCUCACCAAAGGAGUCAAGAGUGUGUUGGUUGAACGCGGAGCAUGGGAUAAUGUCAUGCUACUGACGUGCGGAAAUGUGGUGUCGAUGCCACCCUUCCCUGAGCUGCUACGAUACUGUGCUCGACACUGCCUUGCAUCUCAUGCUGACUUUCGAUCACAGAAUUCGAUCCUGGAGGAGGCUGCUGGUCAUGUGUGCUUGUUCUUCCCCAAGUACCACUGCGAACUCAACCCCAUCGAGUCGUAUUGGGGUGCGGCAAAGCGCCACGCACGAUCCAACUGCGACUACUCGUGGAAUGGGCUCGUUCAAUGCGUUCCGCGAAGCCUUGAAAGUGUUUCCCUGGUCUCGAUUCGGAAAUUCUUCCAUCGGUGUUCACACCUCAUCCAAGCCUACAGCUACGGCCUUGAGUACAACAUGUCCAAGUGUGCCCACAAGCAGUACAAGUGCCACCGACGCAUCCCACAAGUUGCGAGCGGUACCCCGAUCCGACAGCAACCGAUCGGGUGUGCCAUAUCUGCACAAGACCUCGUCCACGAAUACGCGCACAAACGUCGCCGACAUCAGAUCAGGCACAGCGAACGCCUCGGGCUAUCGCGUGAAGUUCAAGACGAACUUACUCGCAUCCACAACCACCAUGCUGGCAACAGUUAUGCAUGUACCACCGGUAAUACACUUCGGAAUGAGUGUCAGCGGCCGGAGGGGUGUAUUGUACGAAUCUGUGCGCGGAAAACUGGUAAUGUGCCGUCAUGA